GGGGACACUAAUUAACUCCAGUUCCAGUUUCCGAGCCCGACUCAAGCCCGACUCAGGGCUGUCUCAACAUUUUCAAUAUUGCAAUAUAAACUCUGUGGGCAACGAGUACAUAAACCCGGUCGAGAUCAAGGCAACCCAACAAUUCGUGUUGCUCAUGUAAUUACACUCGAGCAAUAUGCCGCUUUAACCGGAGCCAGUCCAGGUAGGAGGCAAAAGUCAAGGUAGAAGACAAAUUACGACUGUUCCAAGUCCCGGCAUUUUGCCAGCCAACCCAAAUAACGGGGGACCGGCAGAUUGACUGCCAAUCUAUACCGGUGCUGGGAACAGCCUGGCCCACGACCAUGCCGCAUAUUUAGUCUCGGACGGGGCUCUGGAUUCCUCGGGAUGAAAUGACUCACGCAAGAUAGGCAUCCACCCAUCAAGCCUGCGAUCCAUCCCACCAUGAUCCACUCAUUUUUCGUCGUCGCGGCCCUGGCUUCAGGGGUAGUGGCCGACUGCACCCGGGCCGCACUCCAAGAAUCAGCCGAUCGAUACCUCGAGUCCCAGAGCACCGGCGAGCUACAGUCCAUCUUCGCCGCCGACACGGUGGUAUACGAGGAGAACAACAAAGUCACAGACAUCAAGACCAGCAUCCUCAAGCAGCCCCUCAAGAUCGACCAUAACCACACCAUCCUCGACACGACCGCCUGCGCCGCCUACCUCGAGCUAAUCAUCACCGACGCCCGCAACCCGCACGUCAUCGGCACGCAGAUCCGGCACAACACCACCGCGGACGGCAGCAGCCUCGCCGUAACCAAGAUCGACUCGAUCGUCUCGACAACCGGCGACUGGCAAUUCAACGCCACCAAGAGCCUCUCGUACAUCCUGCAGGAGGACUGGUCAGCCCCCGCGGCGCCCGACAGCCGGGCCACGCUCCAGGCGGCCGCGGACGCGUACCUGGACCUCUGGGGGAACUCGGACGCGCCGGUGCCGUGGGGCACGCCGUGCGAGCGGAUGGAGGGCAGUUCGUACACGGGCAGCGGGUCGGCGACGGACUCGUGCAACGUGGGGAUACCGACGGGGGCGGACGUCCUGCCCGUGACCGGGAGGCGAUACGUCGUCGACGAGGAGAUGGGCGCCGUGAAUGUCCUGUGUACCAUGUCGGUUAUGGGGAAUGCGCCUGAUAGCCAUGAGUUCCGGCUCGUGGGGGGGAAGCUGAGGUAUGUGCAUACCAUUACGAUUAUGCGGCGUGCGAAAAAGAGGGUGCCUGCUUGA